AUGGUCGGCGGCGACGAGUGGAUUUACGUCCUCUCGCGCCAGGACGAGGUGAAGGAGGCGGAGACGGCAAAGGUCGCCGACGCCGCCGCCGCUGGUGGUGCAGCAGAGGAGAACCCAUCCAAGAACGUGAGCGACUACCUGCGCUACAUCGAGGAGGAGGAAGAGGACGACGCGCCCACCGUGGACGGCGGCGACGCCGUCGCGGCCGCGGCAGAGGCCUUGCGCGCCUUCCAGAUCGACGAGGCCUCUGGCGGCCGCGGGAAAGAGGUCGUCGUGGAGAACCCCUUCCACGACUGCUACGGCGGCAAGCACACGGACGCCGAGGCCUACUACGGCUACGGCUACGAAUACGGCUCGGGCUCAGGCUCAGCUUCUCGCGGCUACGGACCCGGCACGGGCGGCUCCGGCUACGACGACAGAUACGGCGGCGGCUACACCGCGUACAGCUCCGGCGGGGCUGGCUACGGCUACGGCUACAGCGACGUAUACGGAUAUGGAUACGGCUUCGGCGGCUACUACGGCGAACCACCGUACGCGCCGCCGGUGGUGUACCGGGCGCCGCCUGCCUACGGCGUCUACGGCGCCUUGCCGUUGCCCCCGUGCCAGCCGGUCGUGCCGUACGUGUACUGCCCCCAUCAUAUCUAG